UCUUCUUCUUCUUCUUCUUCUUCUUCUUCUUCUUCUUCUUCUCCACUAGUCCCCACAUACAUUGCCUUUUCUUCUUUCUUCUCUUUCACCAUUUCAAGAUUGUGUUAUAGUCCGCUCAAUGCAGUAGAGUGCAGAGGUCUGAGCGCUCCAUCUGCAUAAGUUCUUCUUCCUCUAUUGCUGAGUUCUUCAGUGCCCACAAUUUUCUUACUUCGCUAGCUUACCUCUCUACUCCCAGGGUCAAGAAGUCAAGCUGAUGAUGCAGUUCCAUUUCCAGUUUUAUGUUGGUCCAGUAUUUACCUUGAGACCGUCAAAGGGGUUCUUGUCUACUUGUCUUGUCUCUUUCUUGUUUGUCACAACUACUUUCUGCUCUUAUGCUAUUGCCGACCUGAACUCGGAUAGGCAAGCUCUUCUUGCAUUUGCUGCUUCUGUUCCUCAUCUCAGACGACUCAACUGGAAUUCCACUAACCAUAUCUGCAAAUCAUGGGUUGGCGUCACCUGCACUUCUGAUGGUACUAGUGUUCACGCUCUUCGCCUUCCAGGAAUUGGGCUCUUGGGACCAAUCCCUCCAAACACACUUGGUAAACUAGAAUCACUCAGGAUUCUCAGUUUGAGAUCAAACCUCCUCAGUGGUAACCUUCCUCCUGACAUUCACUCUCUCCCUUCACUAGAUUACAUCUAUCUCCAACAUAACAACUUCUCUGGUGAGGUUCCUUCCUUUGUGUCCCGACAGCUCAAUAUCUUAGAUCUCUCAUUUAACUCUUUCACCGGGAAGAUACCAGCAACGUUCCAAAAUCUGAAGCAAUUGACAGGGUUGAGCCUCCAAAAUAACAAACUUUCUGGACCAGUACCUAAUCUUGAUACAGUAAGUCUGAGACGUUUAAACUUGAGCAACAAUCAUCUUAAUGGUUCAAUACCCUCUGCACUUGGUGGCUUUCCCAGUUCAUCUUUUUCCGGAAACACAUUGUUAUGUGGACUUCCUCUGCAACCCUGUGCCACCUCCUCUCCCCCUCCUUCGCUAACCCCACACAUUUCCACGCCUCCAUUGCCGCCAUUUCCUCACAAAGAAGGUUCAAAAAGGAAACUACAUGUAAGCACUAUCAUUCCUAUUGCAGCUGGAGGGGCUGCUCUGCUGUUGUUGAUCACCGUAAUUAUAUUAUGCUGCUGUAUCAAGAAAAAGGACAAGAGGGAAGACAGCAUCGUAAAAGUAAAGACUUUGACUGAGAAAGCAAAGCAAGAAUUUGGAAGUGGGGUGCAAGAACCUGAGAAGAAUAAGCUGGUAUUCUUUAAUGGAUGCUCCUAUAACUUUGAUCUAGAGGAUUUGUUGAGGGCAUCAGCAGAAGUACUAGGAAAAGGUAGCUAUGGGACAGCAUACAAGGCUGUGUUAGAGGAAUCCACAACUGUUGUGGUAAAAAGGUUGAAAGAAGUCGCAGCUGGAAAGAGGGAGUUUGAACAGCAGAUGGAGAUUAUCAGCCGGGUCGGGAACCAUCCUAGUGUGGUUCCCCUCCGUGCAUAUUACUACUCCAAGGAUGAGAAGCUCAUGGUUUGUGAUUAUUACCCUGCUGGUAACUUAUCAUCACUACUCCACGGUAACCGGGGAAGUGAGAAAACGCCUCUUGACUGGGACUCCAGAGUAAAAAUCACACUAUCAGCGGCAAAAGGUAUAGCUCAUCUCCAUGCAGCUGGAGGUCCAAAGUUCAGUCAUGGAAACAUAAAGUCCUCAAAUGUGAUUAUGAAGCAGGAGAGCGAUGCGUGCAUUUCUGAUUUUGGACUGACCCCUCUGAUGGCUGUGCCGAUUGCUCCAAUGAGAGGUGCAGGCUACCGCGCACCAGAAGUAAUGGAAACAAGGAAACACACACAUAAAUCCGAUGUUUACAGUUUCGGUGUACUUAUACUAGAGAUGUUAACUGGGAAGUCUCCAGUGCAAUCACCAAGCCGGGAUGACAUGGUUGAUCUCCCGAGGUGGGUACAGUCAGUGGUGAGAGAGGAAUGGACAAGCGAGGUGUUUGAUAUUGAGCUGAUGAGGUUUCAGAACAUUGAAGAAGAAAUGGUACAGAUGCUGCAGAUUGCUAUGGCAUGUGUAGCUCAAGUGCCUGAGGUACGACCCACCAUGGAUGAUGUUGUUAGAAUGAUUGAAGAGAUACGAGUUUCAGACUCUGAGACCACUCGGCCAUCUUCAGAUGACAAUAGCAAACCCAAGGACUCCAACGUCCAAGUUUAAAUCACCCCUUGGAUCUCAUUCCCUUUUUAUCUAUGUUUUUGAGUUUGUAUGUCUUAUAAGGCUUUAUGUUGAUUGUUUGAACACCACUCGCCUGAGUAAUACCGCAGUUGGAGGCGCGGUAACAUUUACAUAGCAAUUAUUAUUGUAGGCUCCUUUUUCUGUAUCUCAUAAUAUAUAUGAAUAUGAUUCAGUUUUAUGCAAGCUAAGUAAGUA